CGGGUCGAUAUGUGCUGUGCGGGAUUGCUUAAGCACGAGUUUCGCGGAAACCGUCGGCGCGUUUCGCGGGUGAAUGGUAUGAAGAUGCGUGGAAGUGAUGGGGAUGACCAGAGGGAUUCCAAUGUGGCAAUGGAGCUGCCGUAUGACAUCGUGUACGCGUCCUCAACAGACCAUGCACCGAUAUACCCGUGCGCAGUCGACUUGAUGCUGAUGCAAGCUGCGCCAGGCGAUGUCCCGCUCCGGUGGAUGUCGUCUAAGUCUUGUUCGUAUCCCCAGGAGAUCGGGCUCAUGCUAUCCACACGAUCGUAUGUCAAGUCCAUCCGAGUCGUCAGUCACUUGCUCUUUGCCCCUUCCAAAGUCGACGUGCUCGCGGCAGACGAUGCGCGAGUUCAGCGGUACAUCGACCAAACGUCAAGACGUGGUGGCGGUCCCGAGGUGCCCAUGCAAGUGUAUUGCAGCACCGAGUGUCAUUCCCUGUGCUCGGUGGACUGGAGGUGUGAUGGCAGCAGCACUCGGCUAAGUGACAUUCGCUUCGACCUCCACGAGCCAUUAAACGUGCUCAAGUUUGUGCUGCAUGCUCCGCGCGUCGUCGGGUCCAACUUGUACCACCAGGUCGCGCUGUUUCAAAUUCAAGUGCUUGGGGUGCCAUUGCCGUCGAGUCCCCAGAUCUAUCCACUGAGCAUUCCACCGUCGCGCGGCGACUCGCCACUGCCAACAACCAACGACGAAAUCCACCACGCCUUGCUCGACAGCGGCGUUCCGUUGGAUCUUGUCGCGGACGUCCUGACCACUGCAGACGUUGACAAAUACACAGCCAAGGCGAUCCAUCAUGCUUUAGCCGUCAAGGCUUCCUGCAUAGCGCAAGAAGACUACGACCGAGCCAAGCAGCUAACCACUCGGAUAGCUGCGCUCACAGACGUGGGAAAACAGUUUCAAGCGCUCGUGGCCCUCAAAAUGAACGCCGUUGCAAUGGAAGAGUAUGCCACAGCUCAAGAAUACCACCAGCGACUAGAAACCCUGGCAGCUUCGCGGGAGCACCUGAUAGCCGCAGCGUUUGCGGUGUGUCAAGCUAGUCAAACCGGCAUGGCCACAGCGAAUCCAGCCGCUUCAAAACCAGUGGACGCAACGCCACCAAAGCCUCUGUACGAGCCCACCAUCCACGACUUGGCGAUGCGGCGUUGGCUGCGUGAUGAAAGGAUGAACGGGUCUCUGCUGCCUCUUGCCAAGUCCAGCCAAAAGUCAAACGAAUUCCUGGUCAAGAUGUGGGGUCGCGAGUUCAUGGCGUGUGCGACCAGCUCUGCUUGGAACGUGCGGCGCGCGUGCGUUGAAGUAGCGGAGCAACACGUGGCCAUUCUCGUCCACGUCUUCGACGUCGAAAUGCUGUUGGACAUGUACAUGGAGCUCAUUCGUGUGACGUUCUUGGCCGAUCGUACGAUCCCGUCGUUGGUGGCGGUGCUGCACUUGAUGCGUACGAUAUUUGAAAACUCAGCUACGGCACGAACAUCCAGCGCCGGGGCCUUGGACGUGCUUGGCUUUGGCUCGGCCAGUCUCCGCCGCGGAGUGCUGCGCCCGGCGAUUCAGGUCGCGAUCGACGCUAUCAUCCUGUUCGCCGUCCAGUUCAACACGCUCUUGCGUGAAGAUUGCGUCCGCACCGUGCGGUAUUUGGCGCAGCAGCCCCAUGUCGCCGACUUGGCGAUCGAGUGCCUGUGGAACCACACAAAGCAAAUCAAAGAACGAGGGUUUGCAUUUGUGUUGGGGCUGCGAUUUCUCCAAGACCAGCUUCAGAUCGUGCUGGGGCGAGCGAUGGAUGCGCCGCUCGCGACCGACCCGCCUUCCCAAGCAAUGGCGCAACUUUACAACGACCUUGUCACGUUCAUGGAAGCCACCGCAAGCGACUCUAGCUGCGACGAGCCUGUCCGCUCUGCCGCCCUAGACUGCCUCACUCUUGUACGCGCGUGCCGUGGUCGCGACUUUCGCGGCGUGACGCCCAUAGCUCGGGAAGUCCACGUUCCUCUUUUUCGAGCGUUCCCGUUCUCUGGAGCAGAAACUGAACGCCUCGUUCACGAGGCUGAAGCGUUUGCAAACCAGCAUCAAGUGCCGAUCCAAUUGACAACUUAUGUCCUGGAUUCGCCGGGUUUGGAUGGAUUUGAGCAAUUCCAAGAGCUUCAUAAAGGAUCCGUGGCGUUUGUUGGUCAUGUGUUCGCUCGGCAGGACGUACCCGACGACAUGACCAACGUCGCGGUGGCUCAACCCGCCCCAGACACAUCACGACAGCCCGCCACGUCGCCAUCGCCAGAACAAAUGCCACUUGACGAGUUCCGAUCGACUCGACCAGCCCACUCGCCACGACAGCCACCGAUCGCAGAGAUCUCUCUCCCCAACACAGCCACCCCCGAGUCGCAUGCCGUAGCAGCUCCAUCGCUAUCACCGAGGGGUAUCCCAGGACCCAACGACGAGUCAUCUCUACACACAGCUCGCGCUGUCGACACAAAACUCGAAAGUCCACCCACAUCAACACUGUCCUCGCCGCCUCGGACACCCACUUCCAUGCCAGCAGGGCUAGCCCAUAUGAACCCCCCACUCAUGCCAAUCGUUUCGGCACACUCCAUCCCCAAGGCGGACGCACCGCUAGCCGUACCAGCUGCGCCUUGGGCACUAGAUGGCGCAAAUGUAUCGCCUGCCGCAGAAACCGUGGUGGCGAAGGCAACGUCUCCAGCCAAAGUGCCAAAUCCAACGAGGAAGAACCAAGUAUCCCCUGCGACAGCCGUGCCAUCGCCAUCUUCCACUGCUCCUGGGGUGGCUGCGCCAACGGUGGCAGGGGAAACGACACCUCGCACAGCAAGACACAGCAUCGAAACUCUGCAAGUCGUAGCCGAAGUGGCCAAGAAAGCUCCCCAUGCGGAUGACAAGAAGGCGGGGUGCUCCAUAUCCUAG